UCCAGUUGAACAGCGAUGAAUUACUCUAUAAAUGAAAAAUAUGACACUGACUAUGAAGAUGAAAUCUGCGAAAGCGAGGUGGUCAAAUUUGGAUCCAUUGUCAUUCCUAUGUUCUUCUCCAUUGUGAUCAUACUGAGUCUCACAGGAAACAUCCUCGUCCUUGUCAUCCUGGCUUUGUUCGAAAACCUCAAGUCUCUCACCAACAUUUUCAUCCUAAACCUGGCCAUCUCUGACCUCGUCUUCACCAUCGGCCUCCCCUUCUGGGGAAUUUACCACAUCUGGGGAUGGUUGUUCUCAGAGGCGCUCUGCAAAAUAGUGACUUUUGUCUUCUUCACUGGGUUUUACAGCAGCGUACUCUUCCUGACCAUCAUGACCGUCUACAGGUAUCUGGCUGUGGUUCACCCUCUGUCUGACCUGAGCACACCGAAACUCAGCACUGGAAUUUAUGUGUCUUUCCUGCUGUGGAUAAUCAGCAUUGGAGCAGCCAUGCCCUCCCUCCUCCACAUCUCCCUCGUCUCCAUCCCCCACAAAGGUACGCACUCCCUGGGCUGCGAAUAUGAUGCUAUCCUGUGGAAAAACAUUAGUAUCUUCCAACAGAAUAGCUUCUUUUUGGUCGCUUUUGUAGUGAUGGCUUUCUGCUACAUUCGAAUACUUUGGAGAAUCACAAGAACAAGAUCUCACACAAAGAACAGAGCAGUGAAGUUAGUCUUCUGCAUCGUAGCCGUGUUCUUCCUUGGCUGGGUGCCGUAUAACGUGGUCAUCUUUCUGAGGCUCUUGGCUGACCAUUUGAUUGCACCGUUUGAUGACUGUGAUGUUAGUAUCCAGCUCGACUAUGUGUUCUAUGUGUGCCGGCUCAUUGCUUUUUCUCACUGCUGCCUGAACCCGGUCUUUUAUGCAUUUGUUGGUGUGAAGUUUAGGAGUCAUUUGAAGUCUUUGCUGCGUCGAAUGUUCAUUCGCCAAAGUCAAGUUGAAGAACAGCAGCUUAAAAUGCAAAACUUCUCACGUGGAUCAAUGUACUAGUUGCUGUUUAGGCAUACAUCAUGUCCAAGCAUUUACUGCCAGUGUGCGUUUGGUAGAAUUCAUUAAAUAGAAAUUUAGGAACUGUUUUUUAUGUUGCAGUUUGUAGCUACAAACAAUAUUCAAAUCUGACUUUUUCUGUUUACUGCUGCGUGUGUGUAGAACCUCAUAAUUUCAAUGUAUGGGCUGUGACUCGAAUCUUUCCAUACAUUUAUUUACACACACUUUAAAAGGGGAUAAUGUUUUUCAUGGGCAUGAAAAAUAUUAUGAAUUAGUAACAAUAGAGGUGGAGCCAUUAUAGUAUAUAUAUGUUCACAGUGCAAAAUGAUUUGUUAUGGUAUUCAGAUUAAAAAAAAAAAAAAAACCCACACAUGCACUUGCUUUUGUGUGGGCGAGUUUUAAAUUACUGAUUGCAUUUGCAUUUCUUAUUCCCUCUGUACAAUAAAACCAUAAUGACUUAUUCAACUGA